AUGUCUGUUCUUUAUGACUUUCUAGAAGUCUAUACUCAAGAAGAUGAGGAUGAUUUCAGUUUACUUGAGGAUCCAAAAACAGCUCCGUUAAGUGCAUUACCUGUUGACCUUCAAAGCAAUCCUUCAAGUACUUUUUCAUCAAGUCUUUUGAGUACCUCAACUAAGGCAACUUCAAUUUUGGAAGAGUCAUUCAAGCACAAUUUCUUAUGCAGUCAAAACAAUAAGGCAUUAUCGUUAUUAUCAAAUGUAUCAAACCCAAAUUCUAAAGAUGCAACUUCGUUAGAUGAAUUGAAUGGUAUAAAUUUAGAACUUUUAACUAAAAGAGAAAAGAAACAAUUGAAAAAUAAGUUUCAAAAAGAUUAUCAUGUUAAUUUUUACAAAGCUGAUUUCUCUACAACAUCAUCACAUUUCGGCUCAACAUGGGAUAAAGCUCAUAAAGAGUUGGUUCAAUCAGAUUGGGAAAGAAUCAAGUUCUUAGCGAAUCCACCAGCAAAACAACAACAACAACCAAGCUCUUCAUGA